GUUCUUUUCAUGCUGUUGGAUUAAGUUUAGAUUGAAUUGGGAUUCCUCACGUUGUAUAAAAUAGCGCAAGGUCCCUGUUUGGGUUACCAGUUCUGCACCGAACUACACCUAAAUCACUACAUUCAAAUAAAAAAUGUUGCUAAGCUGUUUUCAACGCAAAGUGCUUUUAGCUUCGAGACAUAAUCAAAUUCUACGUGCCCAUAGUUAUGCGACACAGCUUGAAAGCAAAAUAACGGAACUAUCCAAAAACGUCUACAAGCAACGUGUUAUAAGCAGGCGUCCUCUUGAUGGCCUCGAGUCCCUUUUUCACGAAUGCCAUAAAACCGGGAUUGGUUUUUCGUAUCUUGUAACUGGGAUAAGAUCGAAAGUUCCAAUUGAAGAAAAAUCUUUGCGUGAAGCCCUAACCAUGGUAUCCUACCAGCAGCCUUUGCUACGAGCAACAAUAACAGAAACCGCAGACGUUAAAUAUUUCGAAAGCAAGGAAGGACGCGUUAGUUUUGGCUUUUCGGCCCUGGAUAAAGACAUCAACGACACGGAAGCAAUCACGGAGGAAAUAUUCGCGAAUACGAAGUUCGAACGCGAUAAUGGACCACUCUGGAAUGCUGUGUUGAUUCCCGGAAAUUUUCAUCCAAGUUCCGAAACGUACACGGGAGGCGUGGCAUUAGCGAUAUCGCACGCUAUUGCUAAUGCGCACAGUCUGGUCGCGGUUUUAAGGCAAACUCUUGGCUAUCUUGAAAAUAUCGCUAAAGGGACCGCACCGAAAGUAGAAGAUAUCCCGAGUUUACCACUGUACCCGAGCUCUGCGGCGCUUCUAUCACACAAACUUAAGAAUCUCUCUACACCAAACCGCAUUAUAUCUUCGCAAGACUACAUUAACCCAGUGCUCAACCAGUUUCCUACGAUUGAAAAUGAUCCACAGAAAUCAGAACCAAGAACGAAAGUCCUUAUCCGUACCAUACCAGCCGAGAGGGUAGUCUCCUUCCUUCAACAAUGUCGAAGCAACAACUGCAGUAUAACCGGGGCCAUCCUUGCCGCUUGUCAUUAUUCGUUUAGCGCUCUUCUCAAAACCACUCAAUUCUCCGCUAAUGCAACAAAUGAUAUCACAUGUCUCACGUCCGUUGGCAAAAAUCAUCAGCCUACGCUCCCAAACGACUAUGUUGCAUGCCACUAUGGUGCGCUAACCUACGACAUCGAGCUGUCCACGUCAAAUACAGACUUUUGGGAGCUCGCUCGGUCGUUAACUAAAGAUAUCCGCUACGAUAUUGGCCGCGAAAAACACUUGGAAUUUCUAUCGAAAGUCGAAACCGACAGCCAAAUGUUUAUAAAAAACGUUCUACAUGAAGGCAGUCUUAAACUAGCGUCUCGAAAGAAGUCGUCUCUUACCGUAUCGAAUAUUGGGUCUGUCUUCACGGAAACCAACCCUGAAGACUUAUUUCAUCCGCAAGAGUUAAUUGUUGGUACACCAAUUCACAAAAGGUUUGGAACUUUUGGGAACUACAUUAUUGGUCUAAAAGGCAAACUACAUUACAUGUUCUGCUACGAUGGCAGCAUUAUUUCUCGUGAAAUCGCGCAAAGUUAUUCAGACGGUGUCUGGAACGCAUUAAAGCUUCAGGCUUAAAUAUAUUCGGUGGCAAGACAUCUAUACAUGCAGGCGGAUCCAAGAUAAGGGAGAAUAAAUUACUAUACAGUUCUAUUUUGCCAUUCUUAAUAGCCUUAGUAGAUUUUUAUUGCAUAGAAAUAUUUAUGGCAAAAUCCAUGAUCAAUGGCUUUGUUAUAUUUUUAAUUACGAAUCCGUUCUUUCAUUAACUUACCAGAAAUUUCCGACAUGGUGAUUUGCAUAUAAACUAAUUUGCAUACAACCUUUCAACAAUAAUGGCCUUUAACUUUUACCGCAUAUAUAGCCGCCAUGUUUUAUGCAUUUUCUGCCAGGCGCUUCCUUCUCUGGGUCCUCCCCAAAAUUCCUUGCGUGCUCGCUCUGCUUAGCCACUGAUCUACUGUAAAAAAGCGCCUGGGAACGAGGCUGGGCCGGUUGUAUCAAGCCCGUUUAGCUUAAA